GCAACACGGAAUUCAUAAUGAUUGGGCACUGGAACUACAUUUUGCAUACUUUUAGCUGCCAAAUAUAUUUCUAGUUUGCUUUAAAAUAGAUUUCUCAUUUUCAUUUUAGAACUGUAAUUGAUAUUACAUUCAAAACAAAGGGCAUUUGAGAUUUAAAACUUUUUGAAAAAAUGGGAAUUCAAUGAAUCUGUUAACCGCCAUGAUGAAAGUCGUUAGCAUGCCAAUGUCAACGUCACUUGUCAAUUAUUGUCAACCUCAAAGAAAGGCACCGGCAGCGUCUUUUAUUCAUGUUUUGAUGUUAAUAAACCAGCAAAAACUCUAAAAUAAUGGCAUUAGUUUGUGCGAGUAAGUUCAUUGCUUUCAAAAUUUCCGUGAUUUAAUAUCCACCAAUUAACCAUUCGCUAAACUCAUCUAUUUUCCAGUUUCGAAUGAGGUACCGGAGCAUCCUGUCGUCUCGCCUUCAUCCGGAGCUAUAUUCGAAAGAAGAAUUAUUGAAAAAUAUAUUCAGGAGAACGGUGUUGACCCCAUCAGUGGCAAAGAGUUGACUAUCGAUGACUUGAUCGAAAUAAAAACCCCGCCAGUUGUAAAACCGAAGCCUCCCAGUGCUACAAGCAUUCCAGCAACUUUGAAGUUGUUACAAGACGAAUGGGAUGCAGUUAUGUUAUACAGUUUCACUCAAAGACAGCAACUACAAACUGCAAGACAAGAAUUAAGUCAUGCUCUUUAUCAACAUGAUGCUGCUUGCAGAGUAAUAGCCCGUUUGAACAAGGAAGUCACAGCGGCUAGAGAAGCUUUGGCUACUUUGAAACCUCAAGCUGGUAUCACCACAGUUCCUCAACCGGCUGUUGCUGCUGAAGCUGCUGGUGUGGCCAACCAACCUACAGAACAAGCAGGAAUGAGUGCAGAUGUGAUACAGAAAUUACAAGAGAAGGCAACUGUAUUGACUCAAGAGCGUAAGAAGAGAGGACGUACUGUUCCUGAGGAACUCACCACAGCAGAUCAGUUGAAACAGUUCAGGACAGUAGCAUCUUUGAUAGGUCUUCACUCGGCUAGUAUUCCAGGAAUUUUAGCUUUAGAUGUUCAUGUUACUGAUACAAGCAAAGUGUUAACUGGUGGAAAUGACAAGAAUGCCACAGUGUUUAACAAGGACAAUGAACAGGUUAUUGCUAUUCUUAAAGGACACACCAAGAAAGUUACAAAAGUCAUCUACCAUUCCGAUGAAAACAUUGUCUUAACAGCAUCACCGGAUACGACAAUCAGAAUUUGGGAUGUGCCAACGGCUCAGACUCAGUUGAUCCUGAGAUGUCACGAUGCUCCUGUCACAGGCCUUUCUCUCCAUCCCACCGGGGACUACGUUCUGUCUUGUUCUGAGGAUCGUCAUUGGGCGUUUUCCGAUCUACGAUCUGGCAGAUUGCUGACCAAGGUUUUGGAUACAGCAGAUAUUGCAUUGACUACAGCUCAACUUCAUCCAGACGGCUUAAUUUUCGGAACAGGAACGGCGGAUGCUCAGGUAAAAAUUUGGGAUUUGGAAGAACAGAGCAACGUGGCGAAUUUCACAGGGCACUCGGGCGCUAUAACAUCUAUCUCUUUCUCUGAGAACGGUUAUUAUCUAGCCACAGCUGCAGAUGAUGCUUGCGUAAAACUGUGGGAUUUGCGAAAGUUGAGAAAUUUCAAAACCCUGCAAUUGGAGGAAGGAUAUCAAAUUAAGGAUUUGUGCUUCGACCAGAGCGGUACCUAUUUGGCUAUCGCUGGCACUGACGUCAGAGUAUACUUGUGCAAACAAUGGCAAGAACUGAAAGUGUUCAACGAUCACACUGCCGCAGCUACUGGCGUAAGGUUCGGCAAACAUGCGAGAUUCCUAGCUUCAACCUCGAUGGAUAGAACAUUGAAACUGUAUGGCUUAGAAUAAAUGUUUUGUAUUAGGUCACAAUGUUAGUGUCAAGUUUGAUUUGUUUUCAUCUAAUUUUUUUCCAUUUUCCAUCAGUUAUAUACAUAUUUCAUAUACUUUGCUAGGUACCUAUAAAUAUAAUAAUUUUAAAUAU